UUCCUCAUUUUUAGUAACUCUAAACACAAAAACCUUAAAAAGCUUUCCAACAAUGGCGGAACCAGUUUUGGAGGACACUCCUGACACUUACCUUAGUUUCUCUUCCGAAUUCGAUUCCAUCGCCAUCGCGAUCUCUCCUCCUCCUCCUCCUCCUCCUCCCUCUGAUAAUUUCUGCAAUUCUAGCUCCGAUCAAGCUCCUCUACUUAAGAACUCCAUCUCCGAUCUUAGGUUUUACAUCGACGACGACGGAGACGAAGACUACGAGUUGAAUUUCGAAGACAGUUUCAACGACCUUUACUUUCCUUCUGAGAACGAAUCCUUCUUCGUCGACGGAGAAAUGUCCGGUGAUUUUACUCCGGCGUCGGAAUCUUCAGGCGAUUUUGUUAACGAACACUCGGAGAAGGACACGAACGGCGUGUUGAUAUCUACUUCAAGCUGCUACGAUCGAGAAUCGCCUAAGGAUUCUGAUUGCUCUGUUACUAAUUUACAAAGCUUGAGUCGGACAAAUCAGUUCGAUCAGAAACUUAAUGUGGAGGAGGAGGAGGAAGCUGCUACGACGUCAAUUACGACGAAGAGGAAAAAAGAGAAUUACCAAGAAGACACGAUCGAAGAAUUGAGGAACUAUAAGUACAGGAGAUUGGAUCAAGUUGGUUUUGCAGAAGGUGAUGAGAAGAAGAGGAACGUGAGACUCAUUAGAAACCGUGAGAGUGCUCACCUUUCAAGACAGAGGAAGAGACAUUACGUUGAGGAGUUGGAAGAUAAAGUUAAGAAUAUGCAUUCCACUAUUACGGAUUUGAGCAGCAAGAUGUCUUACUUCAUGGCUGAGAAUGUCACUUUGAGGCACCAAGUGGGAUCCGGAAUGUCACUUCUUCCACGGCCUGGAAUGUAUUAUCCAGUGCUUUAUCCAUGGAUGCAGUGUCCUGCUUAUAUGGUUAAACCGCAAGGUUCUCGAGUGGCCACUUUGCUUCCUAUUCCUAGUUUGAAACCACAACAGUCUGUGGCUAAGGUGAAGAAGUUCAAGAAGGUUGCUAGUUUGAGUGUUCUUGGUCUUCUGUUUUGUCUAUUUUUGUUUGGGGCAUUGGCUCCCUUUGGAGAGUAUAAGUCUAACAAUGUUACUGACUGGGUUUAUGAUCAGUCUAGAGGAAGAGUUUUAGAUGUUAAUGGUCACCUGGAUGUGUCUGUUACUAGUAAUAGAGCGCAUUGUGGGAGAGAUUGUGAUCAAGAAAUGGGAAGAAACGUUUCUGCAACAGAGAACUCAGGACCUCGUGGAAAUAGUAGUGAACCUCUAGUUGCAUCUCUUUUUGUUCCAAGGAAUGAAAAGCUUGUGAAGAUCGAUGGAAAUUUGAUCAUUCAUUCUAUUUUGGCGAGCGAGAAAGCCAUGGCUUCUGAAACGAAGAACAAAGGAGGGAAAAACGAUGAAGCAACUACUAAUAAAGGACCAAUGUUCAGUUCCGGGAUGUGCACAGAUGUGUUUCAGUUUGAUAUCUCCACAACCUCAGGCGCCAUCAUUCCUGCUUCUCCACCUAUUCAACAGUCUGAGAACACCACUGAUACACGCAAGGGGAAAAAGAACAGAAGAAUCCUCCGUGGUGGUCUUCCGGUGUCUGAUUUUGAUCUAACCAAAGAUCAUAACAGCUCAAGCAACGAGAACUUCCGGGACACCCAGCCUUCCCCAUCAAUGGUUGUAUCUGUGCUUGUUGAUCCCAGAGAAGGCGGUGAUGGGAUGAUGGGAGGAACAAAUCCACUGUUCCAAGUUUUUAUAGUCUUGCUUGUGGAUGGUGUGAAGUAUGUAACAUACUCAUGCGACCUUUCACAACCUCAAGUCCCUCAUCUCGUGACCACUUGACUUCAUCUGUAUGCAGAAACCAUAAAAGAAGGGAGUUUCCACACUAUGUGUCAGAAUCUAAGAAACAUCUUGUACCGUUGUUAGUUUUUUCGAAUUAGAUAUAGAAAUCCUAACCCUGUAAUCUUUUGACCUUUUAUAACCCGAGAAAGUUACACAUCAGGCCUAUUCAUUGUCUAA